AUGGGCCCGAUCGCCACGCGCGCGGUGACGCUUACGGCAAUACCGACGCAAAUACACGCGCGUCAACAUCGCGCCAUCUCGCGCACUCGCGCGUCGCCCUUCGCCGGAACCGAUUUGCCAGGAGGCGGCCAGGAACUCGUCGAGUACGCGAGCACUGGAAACUUAAAGAAACUCACCGAUCUUCUCGACGGUCCGUACACCAUGACACCGACCGACGCGUCUGGAAAGGCCGUGCGCGUGGCGCAGCUGCGUACGGCGGCGCAGCGCGCGAUGACGACGGGGCACGUCGCGUGCUUAAAGGCUUUGCUCGCACACGGGGACUCACACGGUCUGGACUACGGGUUCAACGCCGCGAACGGGCGUUUGUGCGCCGUCGAAGCCGCGGGCGCGGGACGUGCAGACGUCUUGCGCGUUCUCUUCGAGAACGCACGUCUUGGGACGGAGGUGGUGAACGGAUACGGACGCACGGCGCUUCUGGAGGCGGCGUUGAACGGACACGAGGAUUGUGUGCUCGUUUGUUUGGAGUUCGGCGCCGACGUAAACUUUAGAACGAAGAAUCAGGGAAACACGGCCGCACACUUGGCCGCGCAGCAGGGCAGCAUCGUAGUAUUGAACGUGCUCCGAGAGGCGGGCGCGAAUAUGGACGCUGAACGCUUCGGCGACUUCAAGACACCCUUGGCACUUCACAGGGAACACGUUCAGAAGCAGAUGAAGGCAUUCGCGCGAUAG